AUGCUCGUCCAAACCCGCUAUGCAACCGAAUCUGACGUGUGCGAUAUCGCAGGCAUCAAUAUCACCAGUUUCCGUCCGCAACCAUUCUACCAGACUGCAUUCGCCAAUGUCAAUGACUCAUCGUUAUAUCCCCUCAAGUACGCCCGAUUACUCAAUAGACUAGGAGAUCCGACAGCGCAUGUACAUGUCGCUACUGAUGCAGAAACCGGUCAGGUCGUGGGCUCUGCGCGAUGGGUUAUUCCAGGCCAUCUCCUGCAGCGGAGCGCGCAUCAAACUGUCUCCCUGUCUGAGGAUGCCAAAUGUAAAGCUGCAGAUCCAGGACGGUUCAUGCCUCCCGGGGUCAAUCAGCAGGCUUAUACUGCCUUUCUCGGCAUGCUUAAUGAAUCUCGAAAGAAGAAUCUUAAGGACGGUGAUAUGUCUCUGGAUUUCCUGGCCAUAUUGCCCGCCUAUCAGGGUAAUGGGAUCGGAACUCAACUGCUAAAAUGGGGUAUGGGACAAGCAGACGCUUUGAAUGCACGAAUCUACCUCGAAGCGUCGGCGGAGGGGUAUCCACUUUAUUGCAAGUAUGGAUGGAAAGUCAUCGAAGAAAUUGUACUGGAUUUUGGAGUGUUUGGAGGCAGGAACACUGCGACUUAUUUUGUUAUGAUGAGAGACCCUGUGCCUAAUCGAGAGGAGAAUAUACAGUAG